AGUUGAGUUUUGGUUUUAGACAGGAAACACAUUUCCCAGCAUGCUCAGCGAGCGCGAAAGUGACUACAUCCCCCAGCAUGCUCAGCGCCAGAAACUUCCUCGAUCCGUUGAACCGGUUGAGUUUUGUGAGUUUCGGUUUUUCACGCGGUAAGGUCGUUUAAAAGCGAUAGUUUGAUCAGAAACAGACGUGCGUAAAGGAUUUUACAUUCGCGACCGUGUUGAUCAGUGUUUCUUCCUCAAACACACAGGAUGACUGAAGCAUUCUCCGGUGAGCAGCACACGCGCGUUCACGAGCGCAAACCCGAGGGUUUCCUGGAGCGUCUGAGCGCGAGCACCGGCGGCGUGAUCGCGGGCGCGUGUCUGUUCACGCUGUCGAUAUACGUGCUGUUCACGAAUGAGGGUCGCGCGCUGCGCACAAGCUCGUCUCUGGAUGAGGGUCUCUCUCAGGUCCUCUCUCUCCAUCCACACCUGAUGUUGGACCCUCAGAAUAACAAUCGCCUUGUUCACCUGGCCGGAACCCUGCAGACCGCACAGCCGCUGUACGACCCAAACUACGGUGUGACGGUGCAGGCGGUGAAGCUGCAGAGGCGGGUGGAGAUGUUCCAGUGGGUGGAGUACAGCGAGAGCAGGGACAUUAAGGAAAACGGCGAGACGAAGACUGAAACCACGUACUCGUACAACACUGAGUGGAAGUCAGAGGUCAUCAACAGCAGACACUUCGAUCAGGAGGUCGGACACAUGAACCCCAGUGACAUGGCGGUGGAGAGUGUGACCGUCGUGGCUCCGGAAGUCUGGGUCGGGAGGCUCUUCCUGUCCACAGGGCUGGUGGAGCAGAUCAAUGACUUCCAGACGCUUAGUCUCGCAGGACUUCCUGUUCCUGUUACCAACCCCUUCCUGACGGUGCAGGACGAUUAUUUCUACCACACGGCAAACCCUCGACAUCCAGAGGUCGGUGAUGUGCGUGUUCGUUUUGCUUACGCUGGUCUCUGCGGUGACGGAUUCUAUCCUGGCCCCGCCCAUAAGGUCAGUAUUGUGGCCAUGCAGCAGGCGGAUCGGCUGACGGCCUUCAGGACUCGAGCCGGAGAGACGCUGGAGAUCCUGUAUAUGGGAGAUCUGACAGCAGAGGAGGUGUUUGCUAAAGAACAUCAGCUGAACACAAUGAAGACGUGGGCGCUGAGACUCGGCGGAUGGGUGCUCAUGUUUCUGUCCGUCAGUCUGAGCACACGCAUCAUCUACACACUGGUGGAGUGUGUUCCUGUGGUGCGUGAGCUGGUGUCGGCGGGGCUGAAGAUCUUCUCUCUCUGCGUCUCUUGUUCUCUGUCUCUGCUGACGAUCUCGGCCGGCUGGAUCUUCUACCGCCCCCUGCUGGGCGUGAUGAUAGCACUGCUAGCACUCCUGCCGCUAGUCAUCGCACGCACACGCGCGACUGCCAAGAAGCACCAGUGACCCGUGUGACGUCCUUCAGCUUCUCCUGUUCUUCCUCAGUGUUUCUGUCUCGUUCUCCAGCACAAACAUCUAAACAUUCUUACAUCAACACAC